AUGAAGACGAUAACGAUAAUAUAUAUUAUCGGCUGGUAUAUCAGCUCUAUUGCAUUAUCGUUAUAUAAUAAAUGGAUGUUUGAUCCGCAGAAAGGACUUGGGGUCACAUACCCAAUUCUCGUCACCGUGUUCCAUCAAACCGUGCUGUGGGUUCUAGCCUUCGUAUACAUCAAAGUGGAAUCUUAUAAAAAAAGACCGAUCUUAACAGAUAAGGAAAAUGAACCUUCUUCAACUGUGGCAGAUACUGAUGAAGAUGAUACUAGUGGUACCGGUACGGCCACUGUUGGACAAUCGACUACGAUGGCGGCUAAGAAGAGUGGGUAUGAUUGGAAAUUCUAUUUGAAAUAUAUUAUACCUACCGCAGUUGCCACAGCUGGUGAUGUUGGAUUUAGUAACGUUUCUAUGAAAUUUGUUCCUCUAACUAUUUAUACCACUGUGAAAUCGUCAAGUAUUGCAUUUGUUCUAUUGUUCAGUUGUCUUUUUAACAUUGAAAAAUUUCAUUGGAAAUUAUCCAUGAUUGUUUCCAUUAUGUUUAUCGGUGUCGUAAUGAUGGUUUAUAAACCGGAUAAUGGUAAAACCACCAACAAAUAUGAAAGUCAAUUUAGAAUUAUAUUAGGAGCGUUGUUAGUCUUGGCCGCCGCAUGUCUAUCCGGGUUAAGAUGGGUUUAUACACAACUUGUGCUGAAAAAGAAAUCGGACAAUGAUAACGAAGCUCAUAAUAGACUUAUGAAUAACAACAAUAAAGGUACUGAAACCACCACAAAUACAACUUCUCUUGCUGUCGAUGAAGAAGAGUCUCAAAAUAUAGGUGCUUCGCAAGUACCAAUUAAGGUUAAAAAAACACACCCCAUGCAUACGAUAUAUGAACUAGCCCCAAUAAUGGGUGCAACAUUAUUUAUAGCGGCAUUAAUUAUUGAAAGACCAUUUCCAGGCAUUUUCCAAUCGAGUCUUUUCAAAUUAGAUCCUAAAUUAAAUGAUGACAUUACACCAUAUUCCAUUUUCCGUGGAUUUAUAUUAUUAAUCAUUCCAGGUAUUUGUGUCUUCAUCUUAACAUUUUGUGAAUUUGGUAUCUUGCAACACACAAAGGUUUUGACAUUAUCCAUUGCUGGAAUAGUAAAGGAAGUCUUGACCAUUAUAUUGGGAAUGUUAGUGCUUGGUGAAAGAUUAUCCAGAAUUUAUAAUUGGGUUGGUAUGAUUAUCAUUUUAUUGGAUGUUUCAUACUAUAAUUACUUUAGAUACAACCAGAAAUUGAAACAACAAGGUUAUUUGCAAAUUCCAGCUGAUAUUUCCAAUGAGAAUGAUGAUGAUGAAGAUGAUGAGAGUUCGAAUAUGGAGAAUUCCAAUGAAAUGAUUGCAUAUCCUAUUCAAACGGAUUCAGUCAUGCAGGAGUUUGAACUUAAUAAAGUUAAAUCCAAUCAUUUUGCAGCAAGCUCAUAUUCAUUCGAGAAUAUAUGA